AUGGAGUAUGAAGUCAAAUCAACUGAUACACUUGCUUCAAUUGCUGCGGCUCAUGACUGCACAAUAUCAGAAUUGAUUAAAUUAAACAAAUUGCCAACGAGAAUGGUCUUUUCAGGUCAAAUUAUUCGUGUUCCAAUAUCUGGUCAACAAAUUCAGUUUACUUCAAAUUCUAACAGAGGAAAUGUAAAUAUGUCUACUAAAGAAAAUUUAACAAGAAAGGCGUCAGGUGGUCCAACGCUUCAACCACGUUCUUUUUCUAUUAAUGAAACAGCCUCAUCAGAUGGAAUUAGAAAGGGUCCUGGUGGAGUAAUUCCUGUGCAAGCAGCUAAAUAUGCUAAUCAAAAUCCUUUAGCUAAAACACAAAGUGUUCCUGUUACAUCGAAAAUUAGUGAUCCUAGUAAUGAAUUUGAAGAUGAUACAGAUUGUUUACAAAGAUUUUUAAAAAUAAAAGUUAAACAUGUAACAGAAUCUGAUGGAACAGUCACAGGAACAUUAUUAGUAACUCCAAAUUGUUUAAUGUUUGAUCCUGAUCUAAGUCAUCCACUUGUAAAAGAAAAUAGUCAAGAUUUAUAUGGAAUGAUUGCAAAUAUGGAAGAUAUCAAUUCUGUGGCUGUGUUUAAUGAUAUUAGAGACUUGACAGGUGAAAAUCCACCAGAAUCAAGAAAAUUAGAUUUAUUUGAUCCUGAUCACAAAAAAACCCCAGUAAAUGAAAAUACCACUAUUCUUGAUAGUGUUACAGUGAAUAAUGAUUCACAAGAAAAAACAGUUCCAUUGAAAUUUACACUUGAAAGUACUACUGACACUUCUGAUAAUGAGGACACACAUUCAUCAAGAGAUACUACCAAUUUAAAUAAUUCUAAUGCACAACUACAAAUUAUUGAGGAAGAAGAUACAGAACAUAAAAAUGAACGUUUAUUAGUUCCUCAAAAAGAUAAACCAAGAACUGUAUCAGAUAUUACAAAUGAUAAAAGUGAAGUAUUUGAUGAAUGUUUUUUUAAUAAGAGUACUGACUCUUCAAAUAGUUCAACAAAUCAUGGAAAUAUUAAAAGGCAACGUGCAAAUUCUGAAAGACAAUCAAGUUCAUCAUUAAAUAGUGAAACUGGUACAACAUUUUCUAGAUUUUCACCAAAUAUGGCUCGUAGAAGUUUUGGUAAACUUGGGAGAACUUUAAGUCAACGUGCAUCAUCUUUAAAAGAUUCUGUUCAAAGUGCUGGGCAAACAGUUGCUGCCGGUACCAGAACUGUUGCCCAUGGUGUUGUACAACAUACAAAAUCAGCUGCAGAUCAAUUACAAACGGGUUUACAGACAAGUGCUAAAAUUGUUGCUACUGCUCCAUCAAAUAUAGUCCAAAAGGGUUCAGAGUUGGUUAAAGAUACACAAAAUAUGUUUGAUUCAAUUUUAAAUAUAGAGAGUCAGGAACCAAAGAAAACUGAAAAAGAGAUGCGAAGAGAACAAAGUCUAGCAAAACUAGAAACAUUAGCACAAAAAACUGAGGAAGCACGAAAGAAUAUAACAAAAUUACCAACAACACAAUUUAUUUGUGGUACAACAAUUGAAGAAAAACCUGAACUAUUUAAAAGUUUUAAUUCUUUUAGCUCUUACUCUUCUAUCUUAUCAUCAGGAAAUGAAGAUUCUAGUUUACCUCAAGAACCAUACUAUAUGAUUGUUCGAUUAAAUAGAAAAACAACUUCAAAAAAUAAAAAAGGAAUUAAAAAAUUUCCAACACAACUAGAUUACUUUGAUGAUGAUGGUAGUAAUUUUGGAAAUAAAAGAAAAAAAGAGUUUUGGUUUGCUGUACCAAGGCAAAAAGCUGACUCUAUCUAUCACUUCUUGCUUCAAUGGUCUCCAGAUAAAUAUGGACAUGAUUUAAAUGAUGAAAGUGAAGAUAAACCAAAAAAUUAUAAUGGAGAUUUAAAAUCAACCUUGAAUCAACGGGGAUUUUUAAUUUUAAAUCGAGAAACAGAUGAUGCUUAUUCCGGUAAGUUUAAUUAA